AUGUACAUGACAAAGACAACUGUUGCUUUGGUAGUGGUCAUUUUCGUUGCAUGGUCAACUACAGUUCAAACCUUGUCCAUUUCUCUCAAUCCUUCUGUUGGCAAGAAGGGUCAGAGCAUGCCAAAUGUCAAAUCAGACUCUGCAUGGACUCAAACACUUCAUGACGAAUUUCUAUCAAAUAGAGCUCCAUUUAACACAGCCCAUCCAGACUGGUUCUUUCAAUUCCAACCAUCUUCUCUCAUUCAAUCUCAUGCAUCCACGAUUUCAAGUUAUCAUCUCUCUUCACACUUUUAUCGAAUGGCAGGUCUAGCAUUGGACGAAGUCAAUAACCAAGUGGUGAUUUCUUCUUCGAAUUAUAUUCAAGCGAUGGAUAUUCCAACCAUGAAAAUCAAAUGGAGUGCAACCUUGAGAGAAGCAAGUUCGUAUCCUUCUCCUGUGUCUGGAAAUUUGUUGACCGUUCAGGAUGGAUUUGGACAAACCUUGUUAUAUGUGGGCACUGGUCUUUCGAUUUACAAAAUUGCUUCGAGUGAUGGAAGUUUGUUGUCCAUUGUGCAUUUGAAUAGUCCUCCAGACCAUUCAGGAGAAGCUGGAAUUGGUGGAAUGUCACUCGUCAAAGAUGAUAUUUUGGCCAUUGUAAUGAACGGAGGCAGUAGUUAUUCCUCUUACAUGUAUUUUGUCGAUGUCAGUAAUGGUUAUUAUCAAUUCAGCCCUGUUUCCUCUCCCUCACAGAAUUUCAAUCUCUACGAUUGUUCUGCUCCAACUCCUAUGCAAGUCAUGGAAUUCUCAAUUUUACAAUUAUACGGUCAUGCUUCGUUUGUGUGUAAAAACUCCUUUCUUCCAACGUAUGACAGCUUAAUGUUGAUUGGAAUGAAAUCUGUGUUGAGUUAUAAGGACAAUUCUGAAAUGGGACCGAUUUUGACAUUGCCACAACCUGAUUUUUCAGAAUUGUUGACUCAUCGUUUGGUGGUAGAUCAUGUCUGGAUUGGAGCUGUCAAUGAUCAGAGAUCUCAAGUGGCAGUUCUUAAUUUGGAAAGUAAGGUUAUGAAUAUUUUGAAUGUUGAAAAGAAAGGUUCAGUAGAUGAAGUACUCUCGCUUUCCAACGUUCCUUGGUUGUUGACAGAAAAUCAAUGCAAAUUAUUCACUGCAUCCAACUCCAAGUUAUACGCAUGCUGUUUUAACAAUUCCUUAAAAUGUCAAUCUUUUUCGUAUAACCAUUAA